AUAAAACCAGUUUUACGAAAUUAAUAAGACGCUCGCGAGCUUAUUUUACCCUCUGAAACGCCGUUAUAAAAUUAGAAGACCCACGUGCCAUAUAGUUUGAAUUAGUGCGAUGAUUGUUUUAUGUGUGCGAGGAAUGUGAGUUCGGUAACCCCUUCCAACGACUUUUGUGCAUUCAUGUGUUUGUUUACAUGUUGAGUGGGUUCAAAAAGUGUCCAGGACGUGUCUGCCUCGCCACAACUACACCAGCAGCCAUGCCUAAAGGAAGCUUCUCCAAUAACAAGGUUCCCGAGAGAUGGGAGGCUUACAAAAGCAUGGGCCGACAAAUCCCAGGGACGAGGUUCAUCGCUUUUAAGGUUCCACUCCGUGAGGGGAUCAUGAGUAAGGUGAAGGAAUGUGAAUGGUUCAGCCCCCGGACCCUGAUGGACCACUGUACCAACCUGGGGCUCGUCGUCGACCUCACCAACACCUCUCGCUACUACCAACCCGAGGUCCUCACCAGCCAUGGGAUCGAGCACGCCAAGGUGUUCACAGAGGGCAAGGUCAUCCCCAAGAACGAGGUCGUCUACAAGUUCUUCAACAUUGUGAAUAACUUCCUGAAGUUGAACAAGAACAAUGAGAAGCUGAUUGGCGUCCACUGCACCCACGGCAUCAACCGCUCCGGCUACAUCAUCUGCAGGUACAUGAUACAGCAGCUUGGUAUAAGUCCGGAUCAAGCUAUAACAGAUUUCAACAGUGCCCGCGGCCACGUGCAGGAACGGGAGAACUACUUGGCGGACCUGCGUCAGGCACGGUGGAUAAAGGACGUGGUGCCCGCCGACGUCCCCACAACCACCUCCCUCACCCCCAACUCCUCCCGGGGCCCCGCCAGCAGCAGGAGACCUCCCCUCAACUAUUCCCAAAGAUUAGUUGCUCCUGCUGUAAGGAUUUCAAAUGCCUUCUCUGCCCUGGAGGACGAGUGUUGCGAGAUGAUAGCUCAGUCUCCAGGCGGUCGGGCCUCGGGCCGGGCUCGGGGAGUAGAAGCACUCCCAGAACCCUCUCCAGCAACAACUGGGAGAACCGCAACAAUGAGGCAGAAUGGAGCCCCUGGUCCAAAGAACCAGCUAGAAGGUGGAGUCUUUCCCCGGGCAACCUGCGCGAAAGAAGAGAGGGUUGGGCACCCUGGAAAGGAGCUUCGCCAAGACAAAGUCCCCAGGAAUUACCAAAACAGCAAAAGGCACCAUCACCGUACGAGGCACGCCAGUACUACGACGAACGAUAUCACGGGCGAGUGGCGCCGCAAUAUGACCCUUACUUCUACCAAGAGCGAGGAUCAGGUAUCGGCCCCCACCGCCCAGCACCACGCUGGGUUCAAAAGAACCAGUACGAGCAAGCAGGCCGGCCAAGACAGUACCGUGGCCCGAGACCCUAUCGUUCUCCCCUCCAAAGUGAGGAACCAGCAGCACAAAUCGAAGAAUCGAGAGAAACACCUACAAGAACUCCCACCGGGUCAAAGUUCCAUCCCUCACUUCCAAGAACGCCCUACUGGCCACCAGAGGGACCCAAAAGAGACCCGCUUAGUCCCGGUGCCAGAGACAACGUUUUUAGUCCAGUCACACCAAGACGUCGUUCAUCUCGCUGGAACCCUUACUGAAGCAAUCAAACUGGAAUGAGUCGACGAUAACCCAUCGUUGCUUUACAGGAUGGUACAAGUUGCACUGAAAUCAAGCAUGCAACUUUGCUGACUUGUCUUGUUGAUGGGUCACAUUCAAGAGGGUAUUAGUACUCCAGUUACAAAGAUUUGUUAAUGACCACUGAUAUGAACCCCAUUAAUUUGAAUUUCUAGGUAAGAAAUCUGGAAAUACGUGUCUAUUAUGUGAAAGUGAGUUAUGUGAUUAUUUUCUUACAUAAACAUGGUUAUACAGUGUGCGUGCGUUUGCGCGUGUGUGUGUGUAUGUAAUAUUACCUAGUAGCCAGAAUGCAGUACUCUGCUUACUAUGCAAGGCCUGAUAAGCCAAGUUUUCUUGAAUUUAUAUAUUUUUUCACAUUUUUUCUUAUGAAAUGAUAGUGAUAAUACAUCACUUUCAUGAUGUAUGAGUUAAUUUUUUUUAAAUUUGAAUUAAAACUAACGUAGAUAUAUGAUCGAACCUAAAUUAACAGAAUUAAGUCAAUAAUUUAGGUUCUUAAUAUAAUACAAAUAAACCAAUUGACAUU